AUGUCCAACGUUCAGCGACCUGAUAUCACGCUAUACACCGACGCGACGCCCAAUGGCAUCAAAAUCUCCAUCGCGCUCGAGGAGCUUGGACUUCCUUAUAAGGUCGAACACAUUGACAUCUCGACCAACCGGCAAAAAGAACCAUGGUUUCUAGAAAUCAACCCUAAUGGGCGCAUCCCCGCCAUGACUGACACAUUCACCGACGGCCAGAAGAUCCGACUGUUCGAGUCCGGGAGUAUGUUCCAAUAUUUGGUGGAGCAGUACGACUCGGAGCACAAGAUCAGUUACCCGGCGGGAUCCCGCGAGCACUACGAGACCAACAACUGGCUGUUCUUUCAGAACGCCGGGCUCGGCCCGAUGCAGGGCCAGGCGAACCACUUUGUGCGCUAUGCACCUGAAAAGAUCGAGUACGGCAUCAACCGAUACGUCAACGAGACUAGGAGGCUGUACGGGGUGCUGGACAAGCAUCUCCAAAGCUCAAAGUGGGGGUUCAUCGUGGGAGACCACAUCUCCAUUGCCGACAUUACCACGAUCGGAUGGGUUAUUUGGGCCGGCUGGGCUGGCGUCGACAUCGAGGAGUUCCCAACCCUGAAGAAGUGGCAGGAGAUGAUGUAUGCUAGACCAGGCGUCAAGAAAGGCUGUGACGUGCCCAAGCCCCUCAAGGUCAAGGAGUUACUCGAGGACAAGGAGCGUUUGGAGGAGUAUGCGAAAGAAUCCAGCAAAUGGAUCAUGCAGGGUAUGAAAGACGACAAAAAGAGAUAG